UGUUUUUUCGAUUUCCGUUUUUUUUCUCAUUUAUUUUCCCCCAAACCGACGCCAUCCCCUUUUCUCCCCUCUCAACCCCUCGUCGUCGCCUCUCCGAUUCGCCGACUCCCUCAUGAACCGAUCUUUCCAAAAAACCUAAAAAUUUGCUCCGAGUUCUUUAGAUUUCGUUAGUUUCUGGCUCGAUUGUUUGGGAUUUGAUCGGAGAUGGCGGAUGUCGACACUUGACUCUGAAUCGGGGCAGUUUCUUGUUGAUUCUACAGAGCCAAAGAAACAGCCUGAGGUUAUGAUUGUGAGAUUUUGUGAUAUUGGGAGAUCUCUAGGGUUUGGUCUCGAAUGUUCUAUUGUGGUAGCCGGGAAGGACGAGAAGUUAUUAUCAUCAUGAUAAUCUGAUUUUGGACUGCAUGUGAUGUUUUCUCUCUUUACAGCAUGUUCUGAUCUUGAUUCCUUUUGUGGAUAGGCUAUGUUUUUCCUGAAUUUCAGCAGUGAGCAAUUUGAUGCCUUCAAGUCUAAGUAUCAUGAGGUGGCCUCAACCUUCAAAGGAAAGGGUAUAAGCUUUCUGAUUGGCGACCUUGAUGCCAGUCAAGGUGCUUUUCAGUAUUUCGGCCUUAAAGAAGACCAAGUACCUCUUGUUGUCAUACAAGAAAAUGAUGGGAAGAAAUAUCUUAAGCCAAACGUGGAACCUGAUCAGAUAUCCACCUGGUUGAAGGAGUACACGGAGGGCAGCUUAAAACCAUUCAGAAAAUCAGAGCCAAUUCCUGAGGUUAACAAUGAACCUGUCAAGGUGGUGGUUGCUGAUAACCUGCAUGAUGUGGUUAACUCAGGGAAAAAUGUACUAUCUAAGCUUGAACCGGUCAAGAUGUUGCAUGAAAGGAAUAUGUACAGGAAGGAGCCCAGAGGAAGCAACCUGAAUGGGGAUUGCAAGCUCUCCCCACUUGGGGAUGGCAAAUGCAUCGGCAAGCCACAUUGUCAUUGUUCUCUUCUGCAGCAACAUCAAGAUUCUCGACUAACUUGUUUGUGUUUGAGGAUUUGGUACGUGGUAUAUUCACCUGAAUCUGGUACGUGGAACCACAUUCCAGAGAGCAGGAAAACCUUCACUUCUGAAGCAUUUGAAUUUAAGAGGGAGCAAAUUUGCACUCAAUAUAACCAAUUUUACUGCUCUCGAGACUGUUUUACUUGAAGAUAUAUAUAUCUUACAGAUGAUGAUGUGGGCAAUUUAUUAACAAGUUGUUUGUUCCUUAAGAGAUUGGAUCUCAUAACAUGUCGCAGUUUUUUCACUCUGAACAUCAUGGGACCAUUCUCGCGACUCAAGAUUCUGAAUGUGAGGCAUUGCAACCAACUUGUUGAGAUAGGAAUUUGUGCUUCAAAUCUUAUGGAAUUUAGAUAUCUUGGACAGCUAAUAUGUUUCUCUCUGAGAGAAGUUUCCAAAUUGGUAACAGUGGAGAUCAAAAUUAAAGAAGAUGUCUGCGAUAUCAGCUCUGAAUGUUGCUUAACAUGCAGGGGGAAGAGGCUACACAGUAUCUCAUAGGGAACAAAGAUAAAUUUCAAGCUGUUGGGUAUGUUUCAGAGACCCAAGGCUAUCAGACUUCCACCUAUGUCGGCGAUAAAAUUUAUUUAAUUGGAGGAUCUGAGGAAUAUGCUGGCUCAGUGAUUGGAGUCAAAAUUCUUGAUAAGUUAACAUGAAAAUUGUGAGAUUCAAUCUCAACUAAUUCUUGCUCAUUUGCUACUUUAGCAUAUAGUGUUUAAUUAUUUAAAUUUUCAUGGAAUUGGGAGGUCUUUUCCUACUACAUUGGGUACCAAGCCCAUUUCAUCUGAAUGCCACUCAGAAGUUCUUAUAAAUAAAAAUCAGAUCUUGAUCCUUAAGGGGAGGUCUCAUCUUGCUGAUUGAAGCUACUUUCUUGAGGUUUGUAAUCUUCAUAUUAUUUUCAUCUUCUAUUUCAGACUUUAUGAAAUUGACGGUUUAUAGUUAAUUGCUUGAUAUGAUUUGAAUAAUGACAUAUCAUUAGAAAACAACAUAAGAAUCUCAACAGAUUUACAUAGAGGAUGGUGGAUUUGAUAGCAUAUUUGAACAUCCUUAGAGGUUACUAUUGAAUAUGGUGAAGACAGAUCAAAUGCAUUGGCCAAAUGCAUGAAUUCGAAAUCUACAUGUGUAAUUUAUGUGAAAUCAUUGGUAGCUAAUCAUCGGCAAUACAACAUUGUGUUAGCAUAUUUCGUAGGAUAUGUAUUUUGAUGGUAGUUCCAAUUCAAUCAAAUAGUCAUAAAAGAGCAAAAUAGGUGAAUUCGAACAGAAGUGGUAGUUUGGAGUAAGGCGUCAGAGGCAGUGGCCUAAAUCUAAUUGUAAUCAGUGGCCCCUCAAGAGUCGGCAAGGGAACUCUGAUAUCAAAGCUAAUGAAAGAAUACCCAUCAAUGUUUGGGUUUUCUGUAAGCCACACAAGUCGAGCUCCGAGAGAGAUAGAAGUCAAUGGGGUUCACUACCAUUUCACUGAACAAAGCCUAAUGGAGAAAGCUAUACAAGAAGGGAGAUUCCUUAAAUCUGCAUCAGUACAUGGUAAUCUUUAUGGCACGACCAUUGAGGCAGUUGAAGCAGUAACAGAUUCUGGCAAUGUAAAAAUUUGAAUACCCCUUGUAUAUAUGAGAUUUUAGAGUGUUUUAAAAAGCAUAACUCACUAUGCAGACAUACAUUCUAUUAUAUUGUAAAUCUUAUGUAGUGUAGUUGUGUCUUGUUGUGCUUUAUGUAGGGGAACAGAAACUUAGGAACAAGUUCAAAAGAGUCUAAGAAAUGCAAAAGCUGGGCUCGAGCAAGGAAGAGGCCAAGGUUUUUUUUGACCAUGUAUUGGUUAAUGAUGACCUUGAAACGUGCUAUCAGAAUAUGAAAUUUCUUUUUUCACCUUCCCUCUUUACAUAAAGUCGUACAUUUCAAUAUUCUAAAGUCUUAUGUUUUGUCGAACAUUUCUCUAAUAAAACAUACAUUUCAUGCAGAUAUUACUUGCCCUAGAUGAAACCCCUAAUGUCUCUAAUGAGUCAAGUAAAAUUUAUAUUACUAAUGGUUCAUUUAUUUUUCUUUUCAUUUCUUUGUUCCAGUUUGUUGAAAUUAUAAAUUUUUAAUAAUAUCAUUAAUGCU